UUCAAGCAUAUUAUUAACACGGUUGUCUUUUCUCAAGGAGAGCGACGAGACUUGCAAAAUAUCAACAGUUGGAUGUUAAAGAGUAACAAUGAAAUAGAAGAGACAUGUAGCAUACAAAUUGAAGCAAGCAUUGAACAGUUACAGCAUAAAGCACAAUUUAAGAACCAUGUCUCAGUACUCUCAACGUAUGGGAAGGCUUGCUGCAAAGAUAUUUGGAGAUGUUUCUAGACCUACAAAUGCUAAGUCAAAACGAGUGGAGAGAAUGUUUACAGAAAAGCCCUACUAUUUACGUCCUGAAGUUGUUGACUAUUAUCCAAAUUACAAGGUCAUCAACAGACUAGAAUUCAAGCUUCGUGCAUUCGGAAUGUUCAGAGACUCCCAUUUAGGUGUCAUCAAUGAAAUUGAGCGAAUGAGUUUUAUUCAAGGGAAAGUGAUCAAGCCUGAAAAAGGUAAAGGAAGAAGGGCUACACGAAGAUAACCAGAUGUGUGAUAGACAUUGGGUGAACAAACAAGAUGUGUAUGUGCACGUGUGGAAUGGAAAAAUUAACAUUGUUAAGAUCCUGAAAUUAUAUACAUUCAUGACCUGUAUAUGUGCUACUUUCUAGGAAAUAUGACAAGAGUUUACACUGUGGGUGAUCAUAUUUUGCGUGUGACUUCAUGAAUAAAUGAUUGCCGAUUUAAAA